AUGCAGUUUGUGAAGCAUUCCCUUGUCCUCUCGGUUUUCAUUGGAGCAUCCUUAGCUUUCGGAGACGAAGUCACGACGCGGCCUGUAGAUUCACCAAAGACGAAAUGUGACGUGAUGGAGGAGUUCAAUUGCGAUCGCGCCUGUCGUGGCGUUCAGAGAACCCUCUGCGCUAAGCAAGCCAACGGAUCGUAUCUCUGCAUUUGUUUCAACGGAGACAUUUACAGCACUCACCACACCAGCGAUGGUAAACUCGCCUUCUUCGACAACGCUUUCGGAAGGACAACCAAAGCACCCUACCCUUACUAUUUAGAACCUCUGCAUCUCGGCAAACAAGGGCCUGGUGUAACGGAUCCAUGUGAUCCCAGAUCGAAGUUCAGGCACAUCUUCAAUUAUGACGAACGCAUAGCUCAGCAGAAAUCCAAUGACGUCAGUGAUAAGGUGUUCAUAUAAGAGCUCAUAGAUGCCAGCCAACAUGGCCAUAUUCCCUCGAAUAAAUGUCCUCU